GGGAGAGCGGAUAUAGUGAAUGCGGGGUCCGGGGAGAGCGGAUAUAGUGAAUGCGGGGAGAACGGAUAUAGUGAAAUGCGGGGUCCGGGGAGACCAGAUAUAGUGAAUGUGGGGGGUCCGGGGAGAGCGGAUAUAGUGAAUGCGGGGUCCGGGGAGACCAGAUAUAGUGAAUGUGGGGUCCGGGGAGAGCGGAUAUAGUGAAUGUGGGGUCCGGGGAGAGCGGAUACAGUGAAUCCUGCGGGGUCCGGGGAGAGCGGAUAUAGUGAAUGCGGGGUCCGGGGAGAGCGGAUAUGGUGAAUGCGGGGUCCGGGGAGAGCGGAUACAGUGAAUGCGGGGUCCGGGGAGAGCGGAUACAGUGAAUGCGGGGUCCGGGGAUAGCGGAUACAGUGAAUGCGGGGUCCGGGGAGAGGGGAAUUACAGUGAAUGCGGGGUCCGGGGAGAGCGGAUAUGGUGAAUGCGGGGUCCG